AUGGCGCCUCUACAUGUCCCCAGCUACACCACAGUGUGCCUCGUGGCAGCAGUGCCCGUCCUGCUCUAUGCCCUCUACCGGUUCCUCCUCCCGAGUCCGUUCCCCAACAUCCCCUACGACAAGGAGGGCGCCCGCAGUCUCUUUGGCGACAUCCCCGCCAUGCUCCGUAAGGGGGGCCAGGCACCGCUCGACUGGCUCAUCACCCGCGCCUACACGAGCGGUGCGGGUCCCCUGAGCCAGGUCUUCCUCGUGCCCUUUGGCAGGCCCGUGCUGCUCCUGAUGGACUUCCACGAGAGCAACGAUGUCAUGAUGCGCCGGAAGGAGUGGGAUCGGUCGGACUGGUCCAUUGACUUUCUCAAGGGCGUUCUCCCCAAACACCAAAUCAACCUCAAGACGGGGCCCGAGUGGAAGGCCCACCGACGCCUGCUGCAGGAUCUCAUGAGCCCGAGAUUUCUCUAUGACACGGCGGCGCCCAACCUGUACCGCAGCGUGGAGAAGCUCGUCGCUUUGUGGCAGUGCAAGGCGGACAUGGCGCAGGGCAAGCCGUUUGACGCGGCCCUGGACGUCUUCUUCACCGCGCUGGAUGGCGCGAUUGAGUUUGGAUACGGCGAGGGAUUCAGCCAUCGCAGCAUUGACCCACAGCUGGCGGCGCUGCGUGACAGCAAGGCGUCUACUACCACCAUGUGCCAAGCCGCAACGAGAGAGGGGCAAGGCGUGGUGGAGUUCCAGCAGGCGCCCGUGGACGACACUGUCAUGGCGCUCCUGCAUUCCGCGGAUGCCAUCGAGGAAGUGGGACAUUGGCCCUGGCCCCGUCUGGGCUGGUGGUGGUACUGGUCCAAGCCAUCUUCGCGCCGCGAAGCCGCUCUCCGGAAAAACCUCAACGGGCACCAGGUUGAACUGGCGGUGCAAAGGAUGCAGGAACAGAAGGAGAGUGGCGGCGUCUUCCGCUCGGCGGUGGACUGCAUGGUGGACCGUGAGAGACGGUUCGCAGAAAAGGAGGGUCGACAGCCCGUCUUUUGGUCCGAGACGAUGGACAACGAGAUGACCGGAUUCAUUGUUGCCGGCCACGACACCACGAGCACGACGAUAUCAUGGGGCCUCAAGCUGUUGGCCGACCACCCCGAGGCGCAAAGCCGUCUUCGCCAGGCACUGAGGGACGCCCAUGCACCGGCCGCUCAGGAGGGACGCGCCCCCACGCACAGCGAGAUAGCCAAGGGGAGUGUGCCGCUGCUGGAUGCGACAAUCGAAGAGAUUCUCCGUUUGGGCGGCACAACCACCAUGCUGGAGCGUCAAUGCAACAGCGACACCACCAUUCUCGGCCACCACGUUCCCAAGGGCACGUUGCUGAUCAUGGCCCAGCGUGGACCCAGCAUCACCGCCCCGAGCCAGACUUCGAACGCCAGCAAAUCGUAUGGCUCAGACCAGGCGGCGGGAGGGUCCUACCAGGUCCCCAACUGGAACGAAGAGGAUGUUGCCCAGUUCAAGCCAGAGAGGUGGCUGACCAAGGACGACAAGGGGGAAGUGGUGUACGACAGCCAAGCCGGACCGAUGCUUUCCUUUGGCGCAGGGCUGCGAGGCUGCUUCGGGCGACGGCUGGCCUAUGUGCAGCUCAAGCUGCUCGUCACCAUGCUCGUGUGGCACUUUGAGUUCCUGGCGUGCCCGGAGGAGUUGUCGAGCUAUGCGCGGGUCGAGGGGCUGACGCAGAAGCCAGAGUUCUGCUACGUUCGGCUGCAGAGGGCGGUCUAA